AUGCUUGACACCUUGAAGACAAGGUUCGCUAACACUCUCACGGCUGCAGAAAUCAUGAACCAGUUAACUGAACUAUUCGGGAUGGCAUCAAUUCAAGCUCGCUUUGAGGCGACUAAGAAUUUCAUCAACGCACGGAUGAAACCUCAUCAGAGCGUGCAUGAUCACCUUCUCCAGAUGACUAGUUACUUCCAGGAAGCUGAGAAUCAUGGAGCUGUUAUAGAUCAAACAACUCAAGUGAGCUUGAUCUUAAACAUUCUGACUCCAGCCUUUCUGCCCUUCACUUCAAACUAUGUCAUGAACAAGUUGGAGCUUGACUUUCACGAGCUAAUCAACAACCUUCAAACAUUUGAAAAUUUGAUUGAAGGACCACAUAAAGGAGGAUCUAAAGCUCCUAGUUCUAGCAAUGCUAAUGGGGCAGCUAAGGCUGAGCUCCAGCUGCUUGAACUUGGAUUGCUAUCCUAG